UGGGAACGGCACUAAUAAAAGUAGUUUUUGAAUUUUCUAAAGGCAACAUUGCCGGUUGUCAAGUAAUCAGUGGUAAAAUUAGCCGUAACAAGCGGGUUUAUGUCCUCCAAGGCAAAGAAGAAAAGAAGGUUUUUACAGGAGAAAUUAAAAGUUUAGAAAGCAACAAGGUAGAAAGAGACGAAAUUAGCAGCGGCCAAGAAUGUGGAAUUGUCCUAAAAGGAUUUGACAAGUUUAAGGAAGGAGAUAAAAUAGUGGCCUUUCAAUUAGUAAAAAAAAAUGUUAUUCAUCAAAAAUAA